AGGCAAUGUUGUGAACAAGGGGACACCGGAACUACUCACCCAGGCAACAAGAAAACAGACUUUGCAAUGACAAACGAGUUCAGACGAUAAAAUAGAUAUAUCACAUUGAAGGAAUGACGGGCGCAAUGGAAAAGUUCUGCAGGUGUCUAAUGUCAGCGGAGGAGCGAGCGCAGAAAGAUAAUAGCGCAGCUAUCGACAACGAGCUUCGGAAACACAAAGCAGAGAUGGAAAAGGAACUAAAACUGCUGCUAUUGGGGACGGGUGAAAGCGGGAAGAGCACGUUUAUAAAACAAAUGAAGAUCAUCCACGGGCAAGGUUUCAACCAGGAAGACCAGAUAAUGUACCGGAGGAUUAUCAAGAAGAAUAUCGUGUCGUCCAUGCAAAACAUGGUCAGCGCAAUGGACCUCCUCUUCAUCAGAUACGAACAUGAGUCGAACGCAACUGUUCACAGCAAAACAGUAAAUGCUAUAAACUGUGAAGAUCGAGACGUCGAGAUUGAACAGGCCUUCACUAACAAGGUUGCUGAGGCUAUUUCACUUUUGUGGAAGGACUCUGGUAUCCAGUUGUGUUACGACAGGAGGCGAGAGUACCAGUUAACGGACUCAGCUAAAUAUUUCUUUGACGCUCUCAACGAAAUCGUACAACCUAAUUUUGUACCAUCAGAACAGGACAUUCUAAGGUCGAGAGUGCCGACAGAAGGGAUCAACGAAUACGUGUUCCGGUUGGAGCGGGUAGAUUUCCGGAUAAUCGACGUGGGAGGACAGCGGAAGGAGAGGAGGAAGUGGAUCCAGUGUUUUGAACACGUGACCAGUAUUAUCUUCCUCAGUGCUCUGAGCGAGUACGAUCUCGUCUUACAGGAGAGCGCCAAUCAGAACCGAAUGGAAGAAAGUCUGCACCUGUUCCGGACGAUAAUAUGUUAUCCCUGGUUCCAGAGGGCCAGUGUAAUCAUCUUCCUCAACAAAACAGAUGUCUUUGAAGAGAAGAUUCGAUUCUCUCGGAUAACAGACUAUUUCCCCCAAUAUACCGGAGACAUAUACAGCGCAAUGGAAGCUAGAGACUUCGUCCUGCAGAUGUUCAGAGAUAACUCAGCAGACACAACUUCAGAAGACCAAACACCAAAGCCUAUAUAUUCCCACUUUACAUGCGCGACUGAUACCCAGAAUAUUAAAUUUGUUUUUAACUGUGUGCGCGACCACAUUUUACACACUCACCUUAAAGAGUUCAAUUUAGUGUGAUGAACGUUUUAUUAGAAAGAAAACAAGAGCAGCAGAACGAAAAAUAAACCCAAUGAAGAAGUUUUACCGUGUUUAUCUGUGAAUUUUCAAGCUGAUGUGAUGCCCCCUAGUUAAUGUUUUCAUUUUUACCUGGGUAUUGGCAGGCAUCGCAGAGCGGGAGUUCAGGGUCAGGUUGGUGAGCAAGCGUUGUCGUUAGAGCUGGAAUACCACCAUCGGGGAUACAGAGGAGCAAAAUAGUGCUCCAAUUACAUGAUAUUAUUGAUUUGAGAAUUGUCUUUUGUUGAUGUCAUUUGUGGAAUCUUAUAAUGUUGCAUCGAUCCUGGGAAUCAUCAAAUUAUAUGAAAAAGUUACAGACAUUAUCGGUAAAUGAUGAAUGGUGAUUGAAUCAAUACACGUCUCGCUGCUUGUAGUUGUACAAACUUUAUGAAUCUAUUUUUAGAUUUUAAGACGGACAGGGUCCUAAAUUUGAUUUGAUAAAUUGGAUCGGGUCACAACUCUAAAACUUUAACAUUAAUCUGUAAUACCACACUUAUGAUAGCAAUAAGGAGGACAUGCUCAGAGUUUGAAAGCAGGAAAAAUUGCACAAAGAUGUAAUCCUCUCACAAACUUUGAGGCGUCAAUAAUCGGUAUACGUGACUAUUGUAUUUCAGCGGUACAGUAAAAGAGUAAAACCCCAAAUUAUACACAUUUUUGCCCUUUACAUGAAACAUGCUGAAUUAUAAUGUUCCCUGUUACAAAGGUAUAAAUUGUUUUACCCCUAAGUCCAUAAUAAAUAAUAAUGUUGAUCUCUUUUCAAUCAAAUUAAAUCAAUCGAAAAAUUGGUUGCAAUCCUGAUAGAUAUUAGUAUUAAAUUGAAAUAUCUUGAACCCGGUUUAACUUAAUGAUAAAUGAAAACAUGCGGCUGUCUCAUUAAUAAGUCGUACUGAAUGACCAACCAACUUGAACUACGAAACGGAAUUUUUAUGUCUAGGUGAAUUAAUAUUUAUUACAUUUUGUCAAUAGCAAAGGAUAUAAUAAUAUUAUAUGAGUACACAAUGCGUGACUGAAAAAUCAAUAAAUGUUUUUAGUGUUGCAUUUAUUAUUCUUGUUAUUAGACUACCGCUGACUUUAAUAGUGAAGACAGAUUCGUUUUAUGCAUUUCGUAGGCUAUGACAGUCACGUAGUUUAACUUAAUUAUUUCCAACAAUCUAUGUUCUAAACCAUUAUAUAAUGCGG